CAAAAAAACAAACAAACAAACAAACAAACAAACAAAAAACACCUCAUUCCAGGCACAUGUGCAUGCAUGCACAAGAUCCUUAAAGGAGAGAGUGGAAACGAAGAGACUGUGAUGUGGCCUUCCCUUCUGGGGGAUGAUUUCUUGCUUUCUUCCUGUCUGUCUUUCCAAAGUGAGUGCACAUGCCCUAUAGCAAAAAUCUCUAAAACAAAGAAAAGAAAAAGAAACAUCAUCAUCUUUGCUAAAACAUAUUUUUACUAGUUUGUAUUGUGAUAGGCACUUUAGAAUAUAGGUAGUUUCCUGUUGGGUUUGUUGACAAAUCCCCACUUCUAUCUUUUGAUACUUACUUCCUUGUGGACGUCUUUGUCCUUUAUUUAAGAAGGGGAGAGAACUUAAUAAUCAUUGUACUUACAUUUUAGUUCAAGAAACAUUCCAGAUUAAAUAUACUCUAAGAGAAAAAUACCAGGAAAUUGGGUGAAUGUCAAGUCAUUGUUUUUAACACUUUGGGGGCGGAGGACUAUUAUUUGGAGAAGAUGCUUUAGUAUUCUGUAGAAAUACACUAGCCUUAUUUUAAUUUGCUGAAGAAAAGCCUAGAUCUUAACUGGACCUCUUGCUAGUUUUGCACAUUCCUGUCCAAAGGUAAUUUUUAUAAGAGGCACUCUGGAAACAUUUGCUGAAUAGCCUUGAUGGAAUUUAAUUGACCAAAAUGUACACCUCAUCAAACUGUCUGCUCAGAAAGCACACUUGGGGUUCUCUACAAUUGCAAUGCUUUGUUCAUUUUUCUGAAUGUACUUUACAGGCUACUUCAACAUGAAUGGGAAGAAAGCAAUGUUCAGAUUCUGAAACUUCAAGCCAAGAUGUUUACAUAUAAUAUCCCAACAUGCCUGGCCACCUGGAAAAUAGCCAUUGCUGCUGAGAUUGUUCUAAAGGGGCAAAGAGAGGUCCACCGUUUAUAUCAGAGAGCCUUACAGAAGUUACCUCUUUGUGCAUCCCUGUGGAAAGAUCAACUCUUGUUUGAAGCAUCAGAAGGAGGUAAAACUGAUAACCUGAGAAAACUAGUUUCCAAGUGCCAAGAAAUUGGAGUCAGCCUAAAUGAGCUCUUAAAUUUAAACAGUAACAAAACAGAAAGCAAGAAUCACUGAACAUUGGGUGCAGUCAGUUCUAAGUCCUUAUAAUAAUUGCCAAAAUUAUUUGAAUGAUUCUUCAAGAUUAGGCUGAUCCCUGGCUAAGGUCUGUGUAAAGCAGACAAGCAUUAUUGAUCAUAUCAAGUCCCCUGCAAUAUCCUAUCCUCAAACCGGAAGCAAUGAACAUGAUCCUCUUCAGUUGGAUAAAUGAACUUCCUGUUUGGCCUGCUUCUAGGCCCUGCCAGAUUCUCAUAACAUCA